AGCAAUCCAAAAACAAAAAUUGAGAAGCACUCUUAACCUGACUUCACAUGUCUAGGACUACCAGGAAGGGCACAAAAAGAAAGAGAGGGCUGACAACUCUUAAGCUUUUCAUUGAAAAGCUGCGUAGAGGUUUCUCAUUCUUCAAAAUGGUGAAUCUCAAUUAUGUUGAACAUGAAGAAGAACCCGAAGUAGUGGCGACAGAGGUGCCGGACGAUGUGAAAGAAGGACAUUUUGCGGUUUUCGCUGUGAAGGGUGAAGAACGAAAGAGAUUUGUCAUUGAACUGGGAUGCCUGACUAAUCCGGCAUUCUUGAGUCUGCUAGAACAAGCUAAGGAAGAAUAUGGAUUCACUCAGAAGGGAGCUCUUGCUAUCCCUUGUCGGCCCGAAGAACUCGAAGAGUUACUAAAUGACAUGAGCAGAGAUGACAGGUGCUGAGGAACUAGAAGAACUCUUGUUGUAGUGUCAUCCGCGAUGUAGAUUGUUAAUUUUAAGAUUAUGAAUCAAUGUAGGGUGUGAAAAUUUUCUUUUAGGUAGUUUUCACACACUGAUUAUAUAUAUUUGGUCAAUGCUUGUCCAAAUUAAUGGAUUGUUUUUUAUUACUUUCUUCUAUGAUAACAUAUUGCUUCUCUAGUAA